AACUCCCUCGUCUUCUUCUUCACAGUACUCUUCCUCACCUCCUACCUUGAAUUUUAAUAACCCUUCAAAUCAAUCAAAUCAAACAACAGUGUCUCGACAAAUCACAAAAACUGAACAGAUCGUUCAGAAUUUCUAUACUAAAGUCGCUCAAAUUCUCACUCAAGCUCGUUUAACUGAAUAUGAUAGUCAAUCGAGUGGAAAAGGACUUAACGCUCUAAAUUUGGGUUUACAUCCACGUCAUGCUCAACAAACAAGAAAAACCAAUAAAUGGUUCAAUUUAGAAUUAUUGGAUUCGGAUAUUUAUAAAGAAGAUGUUAAAUAUUGGCGACAUACUGCUAUAUCGUCUUCCGGAUCAUUAGUGGAUCCUAUGAUAAUAGAAUUUUUUUUGGACACUUCGUCUCUAACAAAGGAUCAAGUACUAGCACUUACCACAGAAAAUGUAAAACGUAAAGUUAGAAUGAAUAUUCUUAGCAAUAAUUCAAAUGAAACUGACAAUAAAAUAACAAAAAAUAUUAUACUAGAAAGAUGGCAAUUAUCAUUAAAAAAAAUAAAAAAAUUGAAAUUAAAUAAUUCUUUGAAAAUUGGAUAUCGUUUUGUAUCCUCAAAUAGUGAAAUGAAAGAUGAUAUUGGAAUAGGUGAAUCUAUAGUAGAAGGUGAUUUAUUGCCUACUGCGUCAGAAUUUAGAUUUGUACAAUAUAGGACAAAUUGUGAAUUUGAUAUUGAUGAGACUGAAUCAAUGAUUAGUUUAGAUUUCUUAGAUAUGGAAGAAAAUUACUUUACGCCUACAAUGGCCUAUUAUUAUCAACAAGAAGAACAGAGACAACUAGAUAAACAAGAUCAAGAUGAAAAUAUCCUAACAAAAAUCAAUAGAAUGUCUUAUUUAGGAACAUCUCCUCAAUAUCUUAAUUCUUUACUGGGAACAACACCACCUUCUGUCCAAUCAUUAAGCCCUUCUAGAUCAAACCCUCAAUUAAGAGAAUCUAAUGCCGAUCUGUCUUUUUCCAAAAAUUAUUCAUCGUCUACACAUCUUUCAACCUCAUUUGGUUCAAGUAGUAAUAAUACUCCACCUACAUUAUUUGUCAGAACACCAGACUCGAGAAGGAUAUCCGAACAAUUUGCUGCCAGUCCGACGACGUAUCGAAAUGGGCAACGUGACACACUUUUCCCGUCAGGAUCGUCUAUUUCAACGGCCACACGUCCUAAUGUAACACUCGUUCAACCUUUUAAAAAGUCUCAAUCGUUAUCAUCGUCACCUUCAUCUCAAAUUGAUAUAAAUAUUCCAUCACCCACUUUUCCUGAUCGUAUAUCAUCAUCACCAACAAAUCGAUCACCUUCUCAAAUAUCGCUUCAACAACGUAACACCUAUACCACACCCACAGGAAGGCCAUUAUCUAUUGGUAGCAUACCAAUGCCAUUAUCAUCGCCAGUAAAAUCAAAUUCUUCGUUUGGAAGUCCAGUUGGGAUUCCAAAAUUUUCUCCAAGUUUUAGUAAUCGAUCUGAUAAAGGUGGAAGUUUAAAAGAUCGUGAUAAUAUUAAUGGUAGCAGACGUAGAUCAAAAUCAAGUUUAACAAACAGAAGUGAUGGUUCAGCAAGUGAUCGUGGGUCAAUAAAUUCUUCAUUCUUUGCAUCUUUAGAACCAGAUGAUGAUGUUGGCGAAUUUGUACGAAUGGUUGAUGAACGUGAGCCAUUAAAAAUAUUUAAUGGCAGUUCAACAGGAACUGAUGAACAAGGAGGUUCAGGGAAUACAAUGCCUAAUUCUGUAUAUAGAUCAAAGUUACAAUUGUCACGUUUUCAAAAAUUAAAAGAAUCUCAUCAUACACUCUCGGAAUCUCUGACUUUAGAAACUAAUCCAGAACAAUCAAAUAGUCUUGCACCACUUGAUCACUCUAAUUUAUCUUCCUUAUCUUUGUCUCCAACUAGUAAAUCUUUGUCAAAUCUAGGAAUGGAAUAA